GUUUGUCCAUUGGACUCACCUUAUGCUGAGCAUGGAGGACGCCCACACGUUCCUGUACUUUGCAUACGGCAGCAACCUCUUAAAGGAGCGACUGCAGCUGAAGAACCCGUCAGCGGCGUUGCACUGCGUGGCCACACUGAAGGACUAUAAACUGGUAUUUGGGAACCAUAAAGGCCUUGUGAGUGAGCGGUGGCGCGGGGGCGUGGCCACAGUGGAGCACAGUCCUGGGGAUGAGGUGUGGGGUGUGGUGUGGAGAAUGAGCCAGUCUGACCUGGAGUCCCUCGAUAGGCAAGAGAAUGUGAUGUUGGGUGCGUACAGUCCCAUGGAAGUAUCCGUCACCACCGAAGGUCUGGAGCUCAGUUGUCGCACCUACGUCAUGAACAGUUGUGUGUACGCGCCGCCAUCGCCACAGUACCUGCAGGUGAUUGUGAUGGGAGCUGAGCAAAACGGGUUGCCAAACGACUACCAGGAGAAGUUGAGAGCCAUCGAGACCAACAAGUAUGACGGUCCUCUACCCGUGAUGGCCGAGCUGGAGCGAGCCAGAGAAGCAGAACGGCAGGACCUGCACCAUUAGGCGCACGCCUGACCCAUCUGACACGCUUUCACUUUCACUUUCAACUGACAGGAAUCCCAUCACGUGCAGAUCUGACAUCUUCAGUGCUCGAUUUCUACUCGUCAUAUUUCAUAGACCACACUCUCAUUUUGUCCAAGAAAAGCUUUUAGAAUAUUUUCUAUAAUAAAAUCGUUGAAAAAUGUUGCCUCUUGCUUCUGAAGAGUACAUUCAGUCCAGACGAUACAAAUACCGAUGCUUCCGAUACCACGUCACCAUUCAGGAAGUGUGCUGCAAGCUGCUGGAGAUCUUCUACCAGUCUUGUACUUCUACCCUGUACUUUGCUGUGUUUUUUUUUUUGAGGUAGCAGCGCUAGCAAAAGGACAUAAACCGUACAGACAAACUGGUCCGGCAAGCCAAACAAGUUAUCGGCACUCAGUUGGAGCCGUUUGUAACCGUGAGAGACAGGAGGAUACUGGACAAACUGCCCUCCAUCAUGGACAACCCCACCCACCCACUUCAUCAGACUCAUUCUCCAACAGACUCCUCCAGUUCCGUUCCCAUAGUGAAUGCUACAGUACUUCAUUCAUUCCAUAUUCUUUUUAUUUUAUUAUAUUUUAUUCAUAUUGCAUUGCAUUUUAUUUAAGAGUGUUUGUCUUUUUCUUCUGCAAUUGAACUACUGUAACCAAGCAGUUUUGCUUGUGGAUGAAUAAUGUCUGUAUAUGUCUAUGUUUUUGGGGCGCCUGUCAGUCAGGGGUGCUUGGAAUUGUCCAAACUUUACCCCCCUGUACGGCGCCCCUGUAUGUGGAAAUGAUGACCGAUCAUUCACGGAGCCAUGUGAGAAUUGUGAAUAAAG